AUGGCCGGUGAUAAUAAAGGUCCUGAAAAGAUCAUCGAGAGGAUUGAAGUCGGCACUGAUGCUUCGCUGACCAACUCCACUGUUGAUGACUUUGUUGCUAAAUUCUUGGACAUUUCUGAUGAAGCUAAAUCCAAUGAACAAAAGGAAAAACAUAUGUCUCUUAGUGAAGGUCUCAGAACGUUCCCCAAAGCUAUCAUGUGGUCACUUAUCCUUUCAACUGCUUUAAUUAUGGAAGGUUAUGAUACUCAUUUAUUAAGUGCAUUUUAUGCCUUCCCUGCUUUCAAUAGAAAGUUUGGAGAUUACUAUCCUGAGUUAGGGCAAUAUCAAAUUUCUGCAAAAUGGCAAACAGGUCUUAAUAUGGCAUAUACUUGUUCUUGUAUCAUUGGUCUUGCAAUUGCCGGGUUUGUGACUGAUAUUAUUGGUUAUAGAAUGACAAUGAUAUGUUCCUUAGCCUCAUCUAUUGGCUUUAUAUUUAUCCAAUUCUUUGCCCCCAAUAAGGAAGUAUUAUUAACUUCCUAUGUUCUCAUUGGUCUUAUGUGGGGAUCAGUUCAAACUAUUACGGUAACGUACGCUUCCGAAGUUGCCCCCACAACAUUGCGUGUUUAUCUUACUACUUACGUUAAUCUUUGUUGGGUUAUUGGUCAGUUAAUUUCUUCAGGUGUUCUUAAGGCAGUCGUUGAUCUUGGAGAUUUUCCAUCUUCGUAUAGAAUUCCUUUUGCUAUUCAAUGGAUUUGGCCAAUUCCUAUCAUGAUAGGUGUUUAUCUUGCCCCUGAGUCACCAUGGUAUUUAGUAAAAAGGGGCAGAUACGCUGAAGCCAAGCAUUCUUUGAAGAGGUUAUUAACCGAAAAUAAAGAUUUACCAGAUAAAGAAGUUCUUGCUAGUGCAAUGUUAAGAAAGAUUCAGUUAACUGUGAAAGAAGAAGAAGCUCUGGGAAAUAAGGAUGCUACAUUUUCUGAUUGUUUUAAAGGUGUAAAUUUCAGAAGAACAAGAAUUGCAGCUUUAACUUGGUUGUUUCAAUCUUGUACUGGUGCUGCCUUAAUGAGAAACUCCACUUAUUUCUUUAAACAGGCUGGUUUGCCAACAAGUAUGGCAUUCACCUUCUCAAUUAUUCAAUAUAUGUUCGGUAUUGUUGGUACUGUUGGUUCAUGGUUUUUAGCCACAAGAGUGGGAAGAUUCAAAAUGUAUUUUGGUGGCAUUGUAUUUCAAACUAUUAUUUUAAUUAUUGUUGGUGGCUUGGGAUUUUCAACUUCUAAUAAUGCUAAAUGGGGAGCCGGAUCCUUACUUUUAAUUCAUACUUUUGUAUAUGAUUUAACUGUCGGUCCACUUUGUUAUUGUAUUGUUGCGGAGAUACCUUCUGCCAAAUUAAGAACCAUGACGGUUAUGCUUUCAAGAAACUUAUAUAAUGUUUCUGGUAUAAUUGUUGGUAUAAUAACUCCAUAUAUGUUAAAUCCAACUGAAUUGAACUGGAAGGCUAAGACGGGACUUUUUUGGGCUGGAUUUUCUAUGGCAGCAGCAGUUUGGUGCUGGUUUGAAUUACCCGAGACUAAGGAUAGAACAUUUGCCGAAUUAGAUUUACUAUUUGAACAAGGUGUUAAGGCAAGAGAUUUUGCAAGCACCGAAGUUGAAGUUUUCAAUGCCGAUAAAUUGAUUAGACAAGUUGGUGAACAAAACAUUAAGAAUUUUGUUCAAGAUUCUGAAGAGAAGCCUGCUGUUUGA